AUGACUUUAGAUUCAGUUGAAGCUUAUCACAUUCUCCGUAAUGGAAUUACUGGUGGUCUAUCAAAUGUUCAACAUCGUGUUAAUCUUAAAGGAAUCACGCACAUUAAUAAACUUUCAUAUAAUCCAGAAACUAAAACUGUAUCAAAUGAGGACACCACCAACAUUAUGACUCAUUUCGUUGGAGUUGACUUUAAUUCAUUAUAUCCUUCAUCAUUUUCAUCUAAUCCUCAUGAUUUCAUUCAAUAUACUGACCAUAAAAUGUAUAUGCCGGGAAGAUUGAAUGGUGUUAUCAUUUGUGAUACAGCAACAAAGAAAGCAAAAGCACUGGGAAUAAUUAAGAAGAAAAAUACUUUAUUCGUGGCUGAAGUAAAGGGUCACAUUGAUGAAAAAUACAUUAAUGAUUACAUAAACUUUUUACCGAUAAUAAGAAACUUAGAUAUUAUCACAGAUGAAAAAACAAUUGGCAGUUUUAUGUAUAAUUACAUGAAAUCAAACAAUCUACCAGUUGACCAGAAACAGAGAAAAUUAACUCAGUUAGCAUCAACACACAACCAAUAUCAACCAUUUUCUUCUUAUUAUCUUUGGUAUCUAAUAGACAGAUUUCAUUUUAUCAUUGAUGACAUUCAAUCAAUUUUAACAUUUACUAAAAACACUUGUUUUAAUGAAUUUGCGAACAAAUUUAUGAACGAAAGACAAAAGGCUGAAUUAGAAGGAAAUAAAGGAAAAAGUUUAUUUUGCAAGAUUUCACUUAAUGGAUCAUAUGGUUACGAUGCAAUGAAUACACAAAAUUACGCAAAGACUAAAAUAAUGAAUGCACAGAAGGCACGCGUUGCAUGUAUGUCAAAUAAGUUUAAAAACAUAAGAGAAAUAGGUGAAGAUACAUAUCAAGUGAUGCUCAAAGAUAGAUUUUAUAGAUGUGAUACAUGUUUACAAGAGGCAUUCUUCACUUUAGAUAAUGCUAAAUACUGGUAUUUG